GAGGAUGGGGACGGGGCCCCGCUGACGCCGGCCGCGGCGAGCCGCGCGGGAGCGACAUGUGUCUGCGCGGCGGUGGCCUGAGUGUGAGCGACUUCCGGAAGGUGCUAAUGAAGACAGCUCUGGUGCUGGUGGUGCUGGGCCACGUGAGCUUCAUCACAGCCGCUGUUCUCCACGGCACCAUGCUGCGCCACGUGGCCGCCCCCCGCGACGCUGUGGCUCUGCAGUACUGCAUUGUGGACAUACUCUCGGUCACUUCUGCCAUCAUGGUCAUCUUUACAGGAAUUGCGGCCAUCGUGUUGUCUCGAUACCUCCCCAGCACCCCCCUGCGCUGGACAGUAUUCAGCUCCAGUGUGGCCUGUGCUCUUCUCUCUCUGACCUGUGCCCUUGGCCUCUUGUCCUCGAUUGCUGUGACCUUUGCCACCCAGGGCCGCGCACUGCUGGCGACUUGUACAUUUGAGAGUUCCGAACUACUGACACUUGCGCCCAACUGUCCUUUUGAUCCUACCCGCAUCUACAGCUCCAGCCUGUGCCUCUGGGCCAUCUCGCUCAUGCUGUGUGUAGCCGAGAGUGCAUCAGCCGUGCGCUGCGCCCAACUUGUGCAUCAGCUUCUGGAACUGAGGCCCUGGUGGGGGAAAGGCUGCCACCACACGAUGCAAGACAUCCCAGAGCCCAUGGAUGGCCACGACCUGCUGAGCUGUGCCAGCUCUGUGCAGCUGACUCUCUGAUGGCCAACGUCUCCCCUAGGCCAUGGCCUGAGGCCUGCAACUGAGCCAGCACUGACCAGUGCCUGGAUGGCCACGGAGGCUCAGAUGGGUCCAGGAUUCCUGGAGCAGGCCCAAGAGGGCUCAGUGGACCCUUGGGGACCCGGGAGGGGGCUUUCAACCUCCUCCCCUGGCCACCCAGCCCACUGCACUGAAACCAGACUUUAUUCUGAAGUUAUUAAAAAGAACAGAGAUGCUC